CACACGCCGCCCGCCGCCGCUGACAGCUCGCCUCACUUUCUCGGACCUUUGCUCCGCCACCGAGCUUUCCGUCUGACCGCUGCCCGCUGCCCAGCGCCAUGGCUCGCGUGGUGGUUGACGGGAUGCCGGAGACGGCCGUCGGAGGAGGAGUGGUGUUGAACCGGCGGAGGAGCAAAGCCAGGCGGAGGAAGCGAAAGGAGUUGUUCGGCGUCCAGAUGUGCUUCGCGGGGGUAAUGCUGGGGCUGGUCGCGGGGCUCCAGUGUGUGUCUCAGAGAGCAGGAUAUCUUGUUUCCAGAGCUGUGGUCGUGGAGGAGUCAAGGUGGGACAGUCGUCACCUUCUACAAGAAGUCUUUGACAAUGAGUCAAAGCUCUAUUCUGAGCCUGAGAAAAACUGCACCGAACCAGCGAUCCACGAGUUCCCCAGGGAUUACUUCACCAACCAGGAGCGAGCUGAAGGAGCAGUUGGCCUGCAUGUCCUCUGUGCAGUCUACAUGUUCUAUGCCCUUGCCCUGGUGUGUGACGACUACUUUGUACCCUCACUAGAGAAGAUAUGUGAGCGUCUUCAUCUGAGUGAGGAUGUUGCAGGAGCGACCUUCAUGGCAGCAGGCAGUUCAGCUCCUGAACUGUUCACCUCUGUCAUUGGAGUGUUCAUCACUAAAGGUGAUGUUGGGGUUGGCACCAUUGUGGGCUCAGCAGUCUUCAACAUCCUUUGCAUUAUUGGAGUGUGUGGGAUAUUCACUGCACAGACGAUUCAUCUGUCCCACUGGCCUCUGCUCAGAGAUUCUGUCUACUACACCCUGUCUAUCUCUGCUCUCAUAGUGUUCAUAUAUGAUGAAAAAGUGGUUUGGUGGGAAGCUCUGACGCUGAUUCUGAUGUAUUUCGUCUACAUUUUGAUCAUGAAGCUGAAUUCCCACAUUGUUCAUUUUCUGGAGAGGAGGAAGAAGAACUCAUCCAGUUUGAGGAAUGGAGCUGCCAGUAAUGCUGAACUAGAUGAUGGCUGUGAUGCUACAGCAGUCCUGUUGAAAAAAGCAAACCACCACAGGAAGCCAUCAGUGCUUAUGGUGGAUGAGCUGCUGUCAGCUUACCCCCAUCAGUUGUCCUUUUCUGAGGCCGGCAUGAGGAUCAUGAUCACCAGCCACUUCUCCCCCAGAACCCGCCUCACCAUGGCCUCACGAAUGCUCAUCACCGAGAGGCAGCGUCUAAUCAACACACGGAAUAUGACCAAUGGUGACUCCGACGUUCCAGUGAAAGGAGGAAGUAGGCGGGGCAUAGAAAACGGGCUGUCCGAGGCAGAUAAAGGUGUCAAUGUUCACCAUGAUGACCGUGAAGCGGGCAAUGAGACGGAGAAUGAAGACAAUGAAAACAAUGAGAAUGACGAAGAGGAAGAAGAGGAGGAUGGGGAGGGACCCUUUGUUCCCUUCCAGUGCCCAGCGGGAGUGUGUAACAAGCUGAAAUGGCUGCUGGCCUGGCCUCUGUGCCUGCUGCUCUACUUCACCGUCCCCAACUGCUCUUUGCCUCGCUGGGAGAACUGCUUCAUGCUGUCUUUCGUCGCCUCCACCUUGUGGAUUGCUGCCUUCUCCUACAUCAUGGUCUGGAUGGUGACAGUUAUUGGCUUCACCCUCGGGAUCCCAGAUGUCAUCAUGGGCAUUACCUUCUUAGCAGCUGGCACCAGCGUACCUGACUGCAUGGCCAGCCUUAUAGUGGCAAGACAAGGAAUGGGAGACAUGGCAGUUUCCAACUCCAUCGGCAGCAACGUAUUUGACAUCUUGGUGGGGCUUGGUCUCCCCUGGUCCCUAAAGACCCUGGCUAUCAACUACGGCUCCGAUAUCAAACUGAACAGCAAAGGAUUGAUCUUCUCUGUUGGGCUCCUGUUGGGGUCUGUGUUUCUCACAGUCCUUGGAAUUCACCUAAACAAGUGGACCUUGGACAAGCGUUUUGGUGUCAUUUGUCUCCUCCUCUACUCCGUCUUCCUUUGUUUCUCUUGCCUCAUCGAGUACAACAUCUUCACCUUUGUCAACCUGCCAACUUGCCGGGAUGACUGAUAAGCGCGUGCGCACACACACACACACACACACACACACACACACACACACACACACACACACACACACAGACAGUAUUAUGUAGAUAGUGGAUGAAUGGCAGAUGAAGCCAGGUGUGGUUCACACACUGUCUCCUGUUAGAGGAGCUCCCACUUUCUUUGUUUUUGGAUGCUCAGUGCAGCGUGGAUCUGGUGUUUGCUCAUCACCAGCGACUUGAGGAGCAGAGAUGGACUCAUCACAAGCCCUCACAGACAGGGCAGCACUGACGACAACGACACACAAAAAAGACUUUAGAACUCAUUUUGAAACUUCCCAUGUUUAGGUGUAAAAGUUGUGAUGUUUACUAGCUGCUAACCUUUCCCAAGUGGAAAGUUGUGUCUUUUAGAUCUACUAGUUGAGAGUAAUAAUGAUAAAAGCAAUGGCGUAGAGAGGUGGUGGUGGUGGGGGGGUAUUGUUGUGGUGCAGGUAAUGACGAUCUGACAAUUUGUCUUCUUCAGGCAGAGAACAUUUCGUAGGACUAUUUACAUUGCCAUUAUGUUGAUGUGUUCAUGAAUACAGUUGAGUUUGUUUACUAAAGUUUAGACUUAAGGCUACAAAACAAACCCCCCCCCCCUCGUACACAGAAGCAGGGCAUUAUCCCGUCAGCUUUUUAUAAUUUAACUUCAGUAAUAUCACAUUUGUAGCCUAUACGUUCUGCGUUGGAAGGGACCUAGCUUUAAGGAGUGAUUUUUUUUUCCUUCUGUAAAUAGUGCACUUUUGUAAAUACUCCAGAUGUUCUAUUUAUUAUUUAUUCAUGUGAUACGCACAUUUCUCCGCCACAGGUUUUAUUUAUGGAACCAGGGUUGUUGAAAUCCAAAACCUAGAUCAGUUCAGAUGACCACUCUUGUAGAAAAAAGCACAAUUAGCCCU